CCUUUGCUGCUGCAACCCGUUCAUAGAGGUCCAAGGCGAAAACGUGUAGGCGGGGUUUUGUAAUUUAAGGUCGUGUCGGCACUUUGUUGGUGUGCUGGUUGCGGAGUCCUGGGACAAAUGGAGCGCAUCGCAGGCGUCUGCUCUGCCCUCCACGCCUCAGGAGCAGCCGGAAUGGUUGGUGGAAUCCUGAAGGAGCUGCCGGCACAGCUUCUUGCUGGAAACCUCCAUCAGGCUACCAACCGGGCGCUGGCAGCGGCGGCUGUUUGCCUUCAGCCUGCUACGCAGCGCCGAUGGAAGUCUACGACUUCUGCGCCGUCGCCGACUUUCUAUUACCAGGAGCUGCUAGAACUUGCUAAGGGGCAGGUUCCAUGGCGCAAGCUGACUGGGGACCACGUGUCCGUGACGGAGGUAGCUGGCAAGAAGAUUCUUGAGGUUGCCCCUGAGGCCCUGACGCUGCUCUCCGACACCGCCAUGCGGGACGUGGCGCACCUGCUGCGCCCCGGCCACCUGCAGCAGCUCGCCAACAUCCUCAAGGACCCUGAGGCGUCCUCCAACGACCGCUUCGUGGCGACUGAGCUGCUCAAGAACGCCAACAUCGCCUCCAGCUUCGUGCUGCCCAGCUGCCAGGACACGGGUACCGCCACCGUGAUGGGCAAGCGCGGCCAGUACGUGUGGACGGACGGACGCGACGAGGAGGCGCUCAGCAAGGGUAUCUUCCGCGCCUACACCAGCACCAACCUGCGCUAUUCCCAGGUUGCCCCUCUGGACAUGUUCACUGAAAAGAACACCGGCACCAACCUACCCGCGCAAAUCGACCUGUUCGCCGCGCCCGGCAACACCUACGACUUCCUCUUUGUCGCCAAGGGCGGCGGCUCCGCCAACAAGACGGGUCUGUACCAGCAGACCAAGGCGCUGCUGAACGAGGCCUCCCUCAGCGCCUUCCUGCUGGACAAGGUGAAGAGCCUGGGCACCGCCGCCUGCCCGCCCUACCACCUGGCGGUCGUCAUCGGCGGCCUGUCCGUGGAGCAGAACAUGAAGCUCGUGAAGCUGGCCAGCUGCAGGUACCUGGACACCUUGCCCACGAGCGGCAACGCGUACGGCCGGGCCUUCCGUGACCUGGAGUGGGAGGAGCGCGUCCUCAAGAUGACCCGCGAGCUGGGCAUUGGUGCGCAGUUCGGCGGCAAGUACUUCUGCCACGACGUGCGUGUCAUCCGCCUGCCCCGCCACGGCGCCUCCUGCCCCGUCGGCGUCGGCGUUUCUUGCUCUGCUGAUCGCCAGGUGAUGGGCAAGAUCACCGGCGAGGGUGUCUUCUUGGAGGCGCUGGAGCGCAACCCCGGCCAGUACCUGCCUGAGGUCAAGGAGGACCAGCUGAGCAAGGACGUCGUUAAGGUGAACCUAAACCAGCCCAUGAGCGAGAUCCGCGCGCAGCUGAGCAAGUACCCUGUGAAGACGCGUCUGAGCCUGACUGGCACGCUGGUGGUGGCCCGCGACAUUGCCCACGCCAAGCUGCAGGAGCGUCUGGCUGCCGGCCAGGGCCUGCCGCAGUACGCCAAGGACCACAUCAUCUACUACGCCGGCCCCGCCAAGACGCCCGAGGGCUACGCCAGCGGCAGCUUCGGCCCCACCACCGCCGGCCGCAUGGACAGCUAUGUGGACGCCUUCCAGGCGGCUGGCGGCUCCAUGGUGACUCUGGCCAAGGGCAACCGCAGCAAGGUGGUCACCGAGGCCUGCAAGAAGCACGGCGGCUUCUACCUGGGCUCCAUUGGUGGCCCUGCCGCCAUCCUGGCCCAGAAGUGCAUCAAGAAGGUGGAGGUGCUGGAGUACCCCGAGCUGGGCAUGGAGGCCGUGUGGCGCAUCGACGUGGAGGACUUCCCCGCCUUCAUUGUGGUGGACGACAAGGGCAACGACUUCUUCAAGGCCUGGCAGGCGUAAGCACCAGCUGGCCAUGCAAGUCGGCGGUGUUUGAUUGGGACCGACGUGAGCCAUGCUGUGAUGUUGGUGGUUUGGUUUCAGCGUCGCUGAGACACUGGCUUAAGUGAUUAAUAUUGUUUGUGUGGACCAACUGAACAGUAAGCACCGUAAUGGUGGGAUACGAUCAUCAGUGACGUGGAAGUACCACGCUAGUGUUUUUUCACUACUUUUGUGAUCUCUUUUGUGACAUGUUCAUCGGGUGACAUCACCUUGCGCUAACAAGACAUCAACCACGCGGAACCAAACGGGACCUUCGCACUCUUCCCCAGCCUUCAAUUCUUUCGCAGGGUAUGUAAUCUCCCGCAUCCAUAAAGCGACAA